AUGGACCUUCUGCUGCCUAAUGGCUUGCCAUGGUCACUUCCACUGUGGUAUAUUGCCUCUGCUCCCAAGUAUGAGACUCUGUUGCAAAAGCUCAUCGAGGAUGGUUUAGUGAGCUCUGAGCUGGUAGAGAGGUGCAGGUGGAUGUUUUCCCUGGCGUGGGCACGCAGGAGGAGGGCAACGGUGCUAAUGAGGUGGGAUGACAUGUUCGCUGUGUCUCUUGAUGCGAAGUGUACGAAGCUAUGGAUAACAGGGGAGAAGGCGAAGAAAGAGAUAUCGUUACGGGCGGAGGGGAUUUUAGGGAGGUAUGCGGGAGGCUCGACAGGCUGUGUACAUGCCCGGAUCGAGCAUGAUCCAGUCCACAAAGUGGAUGUGGUAAAUGUGUUCAAGGUGGACACUGGUGGCACUAGAGGGCGUCAUCGACUCCAUCGAUGUUGUUACAGACCACAAGAAUCUUGA